CGUCGCCAUUAUAAACCUGCUGCUGCUAGUCCUCUCUUGGCCUAUGCCCAUAUGCUCGCCGCUCGGGCGCCGUGCUUGCACCGGUCUCAGUCAAACUCUCAAGUUGCAGUUGCCAGUUGCUUCGCAGCUCCAGCAGCCAGUCAUUUCAUUCGUUGGCAGCCAGGGAAGAAAAUUUUCGUGGAUAAGAGCUGCAGAGCUGAAAUAUCAAGAACGUAGGGUGAAGAUUGAAACAAGGCCCAUUUUCGAUUAGCAAAAGCGCCAAGCCAAAGAAUUCGCCACGGUCAGAGUCGUUUUGGUCGUCACCUGUGGAAGUCUUCAGGGCCUACUGAACCACAGCUGCUGCUGGAACCAUGGAGAUGGAGGCCGUGGAAUCAAAUGGCUCACACGGCGCCGCCGAUCGCCGGACACCCAAGAGGGACCACCGCAUCUUCUGGGCCUCCGUCUUCAUCCUCGCGAAUAACUGCUUCCAGUGCAUCGCCUACUUCGGCGUGUCGACGAACCUAGUGAACUACCUCAAGGACCAGCUGCACGAGGGCAGCAAGGCCGCCGCGAACGGCGUCACCAACUGGCUGGGCACGAGCUCCAUCACGCCGCUCGUCGCCGCCUUCCUCGCCGACGCCUUCCUCGGCAGAUACUGGACCAUCGCGCUCUUCAUGGUCAUCUCCGUCGUGGCCUACGUGGUGCUGACGGUGAGCGCAGCGGUGGCGCUGGAGAGCGCGGCCUUCUACGCGGGGCUGUACCUGCUGGCGCUGGGCGGCGCGCUGCAGCCGGUGCUGUCGUCGUUCGGCGCGAACCAGUUCGACGAGUCCGACGAGGGGGAGCGCGGGCGGCAGAGCUCCUUCUUCAACUGGUUCUACCUCUCCAUCAACGUCGGCUCGCUGGUCGGCGGCACCGUGCUGGUGUGGGUGCAGUCCAGCGUCAGCUGGGGGCUCGGCUACGGAAUCCCGGCGCUCUUCAGCGUGCUGGCCGCCGCGGUGUUCCUGGCCGGCACAACCGCGUACCGGCGCCACCAGCCGCCGGCCGGCAGCCCGCUCACCAGGGUCGCGCAGGUUGUCGUCGCCGCAUUCAGGAAGUGCGGCGUCGAGGUGCCCGAAGACGCGUCGACGCUGCACGAGUGCGAGGACGUCGACGGCAUGUCCGCGAUACAGGGGAGUCGCCGGCUCGCGCACACCGAUCAGUUCAGGUUCCUGGACAAGGCAGCGGUGGAGACGGCGGCCGACAAGGCGGCGCGUCCGUCGAGCUCGUGGCGUCUGUGCACGGUGACGCAGGUGGAGGAGCUCAAGUGCGUGCUCCGCCUGCUUCCCGUGUGGGCGAGCGGCAUCAUCUUCGCGGCGGCGUACACGCAGAUGACCACCACCUUCAUCCUGCAGGGGGACACGCUGGACCCGUACGUGGGCGGCUUCCGCGUCCCCGCCGCCGUGCUCUCCGUCUUCGACACCCUCAGCGUCAUGCUGUGGGUGCCGCUCUACGACCGCGUCGUGGUCCCGCUGGCGCGCCGCGCCACGGGCCACGACCGCGGGUUCACGCAGCUGGCGCGCAUGGGCGUGGGCCUCGUCGUGCUCACGCUCGCCAUGCUCGCCGCGGGGGCGCUCGAGGUGGCGCGGCGCGGCGUCAUCGCGCGCCACGGCAUGUACGACACCAACACCGGCGGAGGAGGGGACGACGGGCGGUACCUGCCGCUGUCCAUCUUCUGGCAGGUGCCGCAGUACGUGGUGGUGGGCGCGUCGGAGGUGUUCACGUUCAUCGGGCAGAUGGAGUUCUUCUACGACCAGGCGCCCGACGCGAUGCGGAGCCUCUGCUCGGGCCUCUCCAUGACGUCCUUCGCGCUCGGCAACUACGUCAGCUCCGCGCUCGUCACCGUCGUGGCGCGCGCCACCGCGCGGGGCGGACGGGACGGGUGGAUCCCCGACGACAUCAACCGGGCGCACCUCGACUACUUCUUCUGGCUGCUCGCCAUGCUCUGCGUCGGCAACUUCGGCGUCUACCUGCUCAUCGCGCGCUGGUACACGUACAAGAAGAGUGUUGGGUGAUGCGAAUCGACGGGCCCGGGGGAAACAGAAAAGCGCUGUUGAACAAUAACUGGGCUUGGCCCGGUCCAAUAAAGCUUACUAGUUUAGUAGGGUUUGGCCCGGUCCAUGGAUAGACGAACUAUCACAGUGAUGAUGAUGAUGAUGAUGCUGCGAUACGAGUGAGGCUGAGGCGUGCAGCUGCAGCCUGCUGCAUGUGCCUGCAGCUGUUUCAAACAUCUCUGACAAGGCAAAGGGAUCAAGAUUCAUAAGGGAUCAUCAUCCAGGUUUCGCAACGCUGAGAUUCCACUCAACAUCGAGUUCGAAUUAAUGCAAGAUUCAUAACGGAUCAUCCGUGGUUUGUUUCUACUUCUACAUAUAUAUAAACCCUUCUCGUGCUUUGCGUUAAGUUGUGCAGUGUCGUCAGACGACGUGCAAAGACCUCAUCAAGCACCUUCGACCUCAUCGGUGGUAACGACAGGUUAGGGGUUGCUGAUCGAUGGAUGACGGAAUACGGACCAAUGGCUCCGUGGUUUCGCCACGGGCGACACCGUAGCUUUGCGUCACUAGUGACGACCUGUUACCUGGUCCUACCUCUCACUUGUAGUAUAUAGCAUAUCAGUCGCCGUCGACACAAUGCAAAUGCAUGCGAUGGGCCAUGCACGGAAUUUCAGAUUA